UUCCACGUCUGUGGAACAUAAUGUUUUACCAUUUUAAGACAAAUAUACCCCAUGUCUUUUUCAAAAAUUACACCUUCAUUCCGUCCCGUCCCGUCUGCGUACCAAACGCACCCUAAGGUAUAGACCCGUGAUAGAAGUGGGGAGGGUCCCACACUUUCUGAUUUUCAAACUUCACAGCAACCUAACCAAAAACGGAUUCUCACAGUAAUGAAUAUCUUUGAAGAUGAUGACCAAUAUAAUGUCUAUUACCCAAGUACACCACGAAAUCCACCACGAAAUCAAGGACCAAGUCAACCAAAUGUUGAUGAAUAUUAUUAGUAUUAGUAAUUGUUGUAAUUCUAAUGUAGUAUUUUACUUAUCAUUUAUUAAUCUUUAUUUAGUGUUUUAAUUAUUGUUUGUAUUAGUAAUUGUUGUAAGAUUGAAGCAUACUAUAUAGAACUAUUUCAAAGUUUUAAUCCUUAUCUUUAUAAAAAUGUAAUUAUUGUUCCAUGGCUUUCAUGUUAUGUUUCAAGGGGCAUGUUUAUCGAAAUUUAAAUAUUUUUAAGUUAAAAUGUUCACAAAAAUAAAUCAAGAUAAUUUACAUAAAUUUUACUUUUAGAAAAAUUAACCGACAAAAAAUUAGGCUAAAAUCAUUCUUUAAUAAUCCUUGCCUAAAAUUUUUAGCCAAAACUAUUGGGAGAUCAAAGUUAUUUUUGAGUUAAAACUAAUUUUUUUUUUAUACAACACAAUCAUGGAGGUAGACUUGGGGCUAGUCUGGGUUGCUAUAUAUAUAUAUAUAUUUUUUUUUUUUUCAAAACUGCUUCUGUUGUACUAUGAGAAUAAAUAGCUGUAAAAAAGCAGGUAAGUGUAAUGGUAAACUAUAGUGCUAAAAGUGCUCUUAGCUAAAAAAAAAAAGAUGGGGUAGGAUUGUCAAUAUGAAUGUUUCAUUAAUUGAUAUUGUUCACCUGCCUCAUUUGAAAAAAAAAAAACAAAAAACGCUUUUUUGAGAAGCAUGUGUAGAGUUGCUUAUGUUUUCAAUUGUUUUAGACCUAUGAUUUGAAAAAAAAAAACUUUUUUUAUUUAUUUACCAAACACAAUUAAGGACCCAACUUUUAAAAAAAAAAGCUGCUUUUAAAAAAUUUGAGCAACCCCAAACUAGCCAUAAUUAAGUUUUCAAAAUUAUUAAUGCUCGUAAAAGUUGAACAUAAUAUUUUUUAUUUAUAAAUAAAGAGAUAAAUAUCACUACACAGUAUGUGUUACAACUGAUUCUUAAUAAUCUUUAGAUGAUUGCCCCAAAGAGAUAAAAUAUUAAGUCCACUUGCAUUUCCCAAAUUUUCUUUUAUUUGAUAAGUUUGAACUUAUGACACCAAACGAAAUAACUUUAAUGAGAAGAAAAAAAAAUAGAAAUAAAUGAUAGGAAACAACCGUUAAAAUGAGUGGGGUGGGCCCCAUAAAACAAUUACAUGCAUUUGGGACAAAGACUGAGACUUUGCAAGUCCUCUAUCUUUCUUUUCUCCCCCCCCCCCCUUUUUCGGUGCAGGUUGAAUUGAAUUAACUACGAUAGCCCAUGAAUGCCAUUAUAAAUAAGCCCUAGGAGUAUAUUUUAAUACGCACACGAAAUUAAACACUAGUGGCCAUGACAUCUUUAGAUUUUCAUAAACUAUGCCCUCUGGCUUAUUGCCUUGUCUUAUUCGUACAACUUCUUUCAUUGCCAAGUUGUGCUGCUUUUGCUUCUGCUACUUCUACUAUUGAAGCAGAAGCGCUUCUCAAAUGGAAAGCCACCCUUCAAAACCAUACCCACCUGCAAAAUCUCACAUCGUGGGCUUACCUACCCGCUCAUACAAAAGUAGCCCCAUGCUUUUGGACUGGUAUUUCAUGCAAUGCUGUUGGAAGUGUCAGUGUGAUAAACCUUACCAAUUCCGGUAUACAAGGAACGCUACAUGAGUUUUCAUUCUUGUCUUUCCCCAAUCUUCAAUACCUCGAUCUCAGCUACAAUAAUCUCCUUAAUGUCAUUCCAGCUCAGAUCAGUUCCCUCUCCAAACUUAUCUAUCUUGAUCUUUCCAACAAUUGGCUCAAUGGUUCAAUCCCAAUAUCUCUUGGUGAUCUCACAAACAUUACCAUUAUCCAUCUCCACCGUAAUAAUCUUUCUGGCACUAUUCCUCAAGAGAUAGGGAAAUUGAAAUCUCUUGUGGAGCUCGGUUUGUAUGAGAAUCAGCUCAGCGGUUCAAUCCCAACAUCCCUAGGUCAGCUCACAAACCUUACCACUCUCUAUAUGUAUAGUAAUAAUCUUUAUGGCACUAUUCCUAAACAGAUAGGGAAAUUGAAAUCUCUUGUGGACCUAGAAUUGUCUGAGAAUCAGCUCAUCGGUUCAAUCCCAACAUCCUUAGGUCAGCUCACAAAUCUUAUCGCUCUCUAUCUCAAUAAUAAUAAUCUUUCUGGCACUAUUCCUAAAGAGAUAGGGAAAUUGAAAUCUCUUGUGGAGCUCGUUUUGUGUGAGAAUCAGCUCAGUGGUUCAAUCCCAACAUCCCUAGGUCAGCUCACAAACCUUACCACUCUUUAUCUCUAUAGUAACAAUCUUUCUGGCAUUAUUCCUAAAGAGAUAGGGAAAUUGAAAUCUCUUGUAGAGCUCAGUUUGUAUAAGAAUCAGCUCAGCGGUUCAAUCCCAACAUCCCUAGGUCAGCUCACAAACCUUACCACUCUCUAUCUCUAUGGUAAUAAUCUUUCUGGCACUAUUCCUAAAGAGAUAGGGAAAUUGAAAUCUCUUGUAGACAUAGAAUUGUCUAAGAAUCAACUCAGCGGUUCAAUCCCAACAUCCCUCGGUGAUCUCACAAACAUCACCUUUCUCUAUCUCUCCCGUAAUAAUCUUUCUAGCACAAUUCCAAAAGAGAUAGGGAAAUUGAAAUCUCUUGUGGAGCUCGGUUUGUAUGAGAAUCAGCUCAGCGGUUCAAUCCCAACAUCCCUCGGUGAUCUCACAAACAUCACAUUUCUCUAUCUCUCCUGUAAUAAUCUUUCUAGCACAAUUCCAAAAGAGAUAGGGAAAUUGAAAUCUCUUGUGGAGCUCGGUUUGUAUGAGAAUCAGCUGAGCGGUUCAAUCCCAACAUCCCUAGGUCAGCUCACAAACCUUACCAUUCUCAAUCUCCAUAGUAACAAUCUUUCUGGCACUAUUCCUAAGGAGAUAGGGAAAUUGAAGAAGUUGACUGAACUGCAAUUAGGUGAAAACCAAUUAAUAGGUUAUUUGCCCGAAAAUAUUUGUUAUAGUGGACAACUCCAAAACCUUUCAGUGAGCAAUAACCAUUUGACAGGCCCAAUCCCCAAAAGCUUGAAAACAUGCAAGAGCUUUGUUAGAGUUCAUCUUGAAGGGAACCAAUUCACAGGCAAUGUAUCAAAAGAUUUUGGUGUUUAUCCAAAUCUUGAUUUCAUAGAUAUGAGUCACAAUAAGUUUUAUGGUGAAAUUUCACAUAAAUGGGGACAAUGCGCACAAUUAGAAACCUUACUAAUUGUGGGAAACAACCUUAGUGGUAGCAUACCUCCCGAGAUUGUCAAUGCUGACAAAAUCCAUAAACUCGACCUUUCUUCAAAUCACCUAGUUGGGGCCAUUCCAAAGGGGUUAGGGAGAAUGACUUCUUUGCAGAAGUUGAUGCUGAAUGGAAAUCAACUUUCAGGCUGUAUACCUUCGGAAUUUGGAUUACUUGUUGAUCUUGAAUAUCUCGACUUGUCAUCAAACAAAUUAAAUGGGUCAAUUGCGAGCGCAUUAGGCAACUUUCUCAAACUGUACCAUCUGAAUUUGAGCAACAAUCAAUUUUCCCAAGGAAUUCCAUUGAAGUUGGAAAAGUUAGUUCAGUUGAACGAACUGGACUUAAGUCACAACUCACUUGAAGGUAGCAUACCACCUGAAAUCAGCAAUAUGGAGAGUCUACAUACACUCAAUCUUUCUCAUAACAAUCUUUCGGGUUUCAUACCAUCAAGUUUCGAAGGCAUGCACAGCUUGUUAUACGUGGAUGUAUCUUACAAUGAAUUGGAAGGUCCCCUUCCCAACAACAGAGCAUUUCAACAAGCUCUGCCAGAAGCUUUACAAGGGAACAAAGGACUGUGCGGCAACGUUGAAGGUUUGCAAUCUUGCACAAUUGGCCCAAGGAAGCACCGCAAAUGGGUAUUUGGAAUCACAUUCUCCCUUAUAGCAGCAAUUUUACUUCUUUCUACUUUCUUUACAAUUAAAUUCCUAAUGGAAAGAAAGAAGAAACGUCCAGAAAAAGCAGAAAAAAACUUGCAUGAAGAAAUAUCGUUUUCAGUUUUAAAUUUUGAUGGAAAGUCAAUGUAUGAGGAAAUCAUAAGGGCGACAGAAAAUUUUGAUUCCACAUAUUGCAUCGGGAGUGGAGGACAAGGAAGUGUCUACAGAGCAAAUUUGUCAAGUGACAACAUAGUCGCUGUGAAAAAACUACAUCAAUUGUGGGAUGACGAGAAGAAUUUGGAGACGACAUUCUUGAAUGAAAUAAGGACACUAACAGAGAUAAGGCACCGGAAUAUUGUGAAGCUUUAUGGUUUCUGUUCACACCAUCAACACUCGUUCUUGGUGUACGAGUUUGUUGAAAGAGGUAGCUUGGCUGCAAUUUUGAGCAAAGAUGAAGAAGCUAAAGAAGUAGGGUGGAGAAAAAGGGUUAAUAUUGUUAACGGUGUAGCUCAUGCCUUGGCAUACUUGCACCACGAUUGCGUGCCACCAAUUGUGCACCGGGACAUAUCAACCAAGAAUAUUUUGUUGGAUUCUAAAUAUGAUGCCUCUGUUUCAGACUUUGGCACUGCUAAGUUUUUGAAUCCAGGCUCAACAACUUGGACUGCCGUUGCAGGCACAUAUGGGUAUGUCGCACCAGAACUUGCAUAUACCAUGGAAGUGAAAGAAACAUGCGAUGUUUAUAGCUUUGGAGUGGUUGCUAUGGAAACCAUCAUGGGAAGGCAUCCUGGUGAUUUUUUCUCAUCAUUCUUAUUAGUGCCUUCUUCGUCCACGUCGUCAUCAACAUCAACAUUACCACCCCAUCAAAUGUCAGUUGUGGAUGUUCUAGACCAACGCAUUUUGCCUCCCACACAUCAAGAAGCAGGGGAAGUACUCUCUCUUAUGAAGAUUGUGUUUUCAUGCUUGAAUCCCAGUCCACAUUCUCGUCCUACAAUGAGACGAGUUACUCAACUCCUCUCAACUCAGAAGUUGCAUUUGUUGAAGCCAAUACGUAUGAUAACCUGCAGUGAAUUGUUUGCUCUAGAUCCUUUGACGGCCUGAGAAGCAGAGAAUGUGCUCGUUUCAGAUAAAUAAAUUUCGAGUCUUCCUUUUAGAAGAAAGAUUCUUCGUAGAUGUUUCCUGUAUUGUAAUUUAUUUUUAUGCACUAGUUUGUUGGGGCUCUAUUCACUUUAUGCACAACGCUUAAUGCUUUUUCAGUUAAAAUUGUGUUUACGCUUGUGAGGAAGAAACAGAAGUUAAUAUAACAAAGAAUUGG